ACUGUACAAGUAGUUUGGAGUAUUUUCUUAGUUCGAUAGCUUAGACUUUAGAGUUAGAGGUCUACAUAUUUCGUUUAUGAUGUUCAGUGCUGCAGAUUGGGAGGAUGGCGAUACUGCUGGUCAAGAGACACUCAUGUCUGGCCUCUUCUCUCCCAUCGAAAGUAAUCCAACUCCUAUGAAAUCUACUACCAAAAGGAAAAGAAAUAGAGCGAAGAAGACAGGACAAGGAAGAGGUAUACCUGAAACAUCGACUCAAAGUCCUGAAACUGGUCCGAGCGAGGAUGAUCAUCUUGCAAAUGCAAGAAGAAAGAAAAAGAGAAAGCACGACAGUGAUGGCAGUGAACAGCAGGGAGGUACAGCAAUGGCAGCAGUGACUAAAUCUGGAACAACACAGGAUGGUGCUGCAAAGAAGAAAAGACCAAUACAGACAGCUGGAAAGAACAAAAUCCAGCAAAGAGAAUCAGGACACAUUGUUGCGGAACAAAGUCCGGACUCGAGCAGCGUGCCCAAGCAUAUCUCAGUUAGUGGAAAGCAGCCGAAGACGAGAAAGGACAAGAGCAAGGCUGCUCCGCAGGUAGCUACAUUGAAACCUCAGCGUGGUGCUGUACGGGAUAAACCGUCACACAAGAAGACCGUAGUACAGGCGACACCAGCCAAAGCUGCAGCGAGUAAGCAACACUUGCCGUAUCAAGACCGCAGUGAGAGAUUGCUACAGCAACAGGGUAAGAAGAGCAAGAUGUCGCUGCAAGAGAAGCUGCGGAGUAAGCUAGAUUCGGGCCGGUUUCGGUACGUCAAUGAACAGCUGUACACGUCAACUAGUCGUGAGGCAGUGACGCUGUUCAAGAAAGAGCCAAAGCUCUUCGACAUCUAUCAUGACGGGUUUGCGUCGCAGGUGUCCAAGUGGCCAGUAAACCCAGUGGACGGGAUCUUAGCUUGGCUGUCCAAGAAACCGUCAUCAUGGACUGUUGCAGAUCUUGGCUGUGGUGAAGCAAAGAUCGGCCGUACGGCUCAACAGACAGUGCAUUCAUUCGAUCUAGUGGCAGCCAAUGAUUACGUGACAGCGUGUGAUAUGGCUCAUGUACCACUCGACAACAACAGCGUGGAUGUUGUUGUGCUCUGCUUAUCUUUGAUGGGCACGAAUUUGAAUGACUUUGUCAAGGAAGCAAGGCGCAUUCUACGCUCACGAGGGGUACUGAAAGUAGCAGAGGUGAAGAGUAGAAUCGAAGACAUAGAGGAGUUCUGUGAAGCAAUCUGUGAACAUGGCUUUCAAGUAAAGGAGCAGGAUGAAGGCAACAAGAUGUUUGUGGACAUUGAGUUUCAUAAGUUGGAUGCCCAAUCAGCUUCGCACUCAUCCUACCUAUCACUAAAGCCGUGCCUAUACAAGCGAAGAUAGCAGUGGGAUGUCUAUAGACGGGACAUACCUAACUUUGUGGACCAUACCACCAGUUUCUGCAGCGGAUUCGACCUAGUAGGAGUAAUAGACCUUGUCGGUGUGGAAGAUUGACUCGCAGUCCUCUGCUGUUGUUGACUGGUCUGGUGGUAGUCGGUUGCCGGAACCAAUUAGUGGCUUCUCAUCGCAGGCCUUCACAGUUCUUGGCUAGUAAAAUGCCAUGUCUCCGAUUAGCCUGUCAGCUACUAUCCUAUGGUCGACCCAUAUGAUGUCAUCGUGAUGUCAUCACCUCAGUCACGUGAUCACAUGUUCCCGAUGAUGUGUAUCCGUGGCUCGGCGCAGUGCAUCAGUUUGAACUAUGUUCCUUCGUAUCAGUAUUGUUGCCGUACUGCUGCUGCUGUGCUGGGUGAUAGCCUGCACUCAAUGUGGCCCCAUGCUUGCACCAUACUGGUAGUAGCAUGUGCAUCUCUAGGACUCAAGUCCAGAUCAUGUCACCGUGAGUGGAUACUGUGCGUGCAGGAGCCGCCGCAUAGCAGCAAACUGAGCGAUACGAACCGGAGAAGCUUGCUCUCAGCUCGCAUUGAGUAACAAUGUUACAUCGCUUCGUCAUACUGAGAACUACACUGGUGUCAGCUGUCUACACUGCCUGUGCAGGGCGCAGGGACUCAGUUUGCGCAUUUGAAAGGGAGUUUUCUAUCUUUAUCAUUAGCGUGCAUCACGCUGGUUGGCAUGACGCCGUGUGUACCUGGUGUUCACACUUAGUGACCUACUGAGUGUGUGUAUUUGCUAGGACUACUUGCUAUGUCCUGGUCAUCAUCACUCUCUAUGACUCGAUGUGAAGUGGUUUCUUAUGUUCGACAAAAUCGUUGCCGUUGUUUUCUCCCAGUAGGCGCAACAAUUGCAUGGUUCUAUUGGCCUUCAAUAGUCUAUGAUUGUGGUGCUUGGCUCGCCAUUGGCUUCUGGGACUUUUGUGGUGCUUGGCUCGCCAUUGGCUUCUGG